AUGUUCUCCUCAUUUUCACUACUUAAAUCCAGCCUCCUGCUUUCUGGUUUGAGGACCACGCUGGCUCAGUGUCCUGACUAUGCUGGCUACUCAACACAAAGGCAUGAGCCUCUUUCCGCCGGCAAGUAUCAGCUGAGUUAUCAAAGGCCAGAACAAUCAUGCCGUACAUUCAGUCUUCCUGAAGUCGAGGCGGCCAUCCAGGACAUGAGGGGAGCUAUUUCAGACCCAGACUUGUUCAGACUUUUUGAAAAUACUUUUCCGAAUACGCUCGAUACAACCAUUUCAUGGCAUGGUUUCGCGAGUGGGAACUCUGACGAGGAGUUGACUUUCAUCACCACAGGAGACAUUGUAGCUAUGUGGCUGCGGGACAGCGCGAACCAGCUGCGAAGCUACAAGCCUCUACUAGAGGCCAAUGCUUCGAGUGCCUCUCUAGCAUCUCUGUUCCGUGGCGCUAUAAACCUUCAGGCUCGUUAUCUUCUUACCAGUCCGCAUUGCAAUGCCUUCCAGGCCCCAGCGGAAUCAGGCAAGCCACCGCAGGACAAUAGCGCAGCAGACACAGAUGUUGUGACCCCAGCUUACGAUAAGAAUUUUGUUUUCGAAUGCAAAUACGAGUUGGAUAGCUUGUCAGCAUUUCUUCAGUUAUCAUAUGAUUACUAUGACAAAACCCAGGAUAGUGAUUUCUUCGGAAAGUUCCAAUGGGUCAAUGCCAUCAAAACAGUACUGGACACGGCGGAAGCAUUGCUAGUUGGCACUUAUGCAGAUGAUGGGCAUGUUAACAGCUCACCUUAUACAUUUCAGCGGACAACCACGUCGGCAUCUGAAACGUUGCUCAACAAAGGUUCCGGCUCGCCCGUGAGACGUGGAACUGGUCUUGUACGAAGCGCAUUCCGACCAUCCGAUGACUCGACAAUUUUCCAGCUCUUCAUUCCUGCCAACAUGAUGUUCUCGAGCUAUUUAGGAAAGUGCGCGGCGAUUAUGGAGAAACUUGACAGUAACUUGGCAGGGCGCAUGCGCGAUCUGGCAACCAAUGUACGCAACGGAGUCGAGACUUAUGGCAAAGUACAACACUCGGUAUUCGGAGAGAUUUAUGCAUAUGAGAUCGACGGUUUCGGCUCUAGUAAUCUGAUGGAUGAUGCCAAUGUUCCGAGCCUUUUGAGUGCGCCGAUUAUUGACUACCUUGAUGCCAGUGACACCAUCUACCAGAAUACAAGGCACUUCGCUCUGAGUACCUGGGACCCUUAUUACAUGCACGGUCCAGUUAUCAAUGGAACCGGAGGUCCCCACGUUGGACCUGGAAAGGCUUGGCCCAUGUCUAUCAUUGUUUCGUUACUCAGUUCUGACGACGAUGCCGAGAUUGUGUCAGGUCUACGGCAAAUCAUCUCUUCAACUGAUCAGCUUGGUUUAAUCCACGAAUCUGUCAACACCUUUGAUCAGUCUGAUUGGACUCGGCAAUGGUUCUCUUGGGCUAAUGGGUUGUUCGGUCAGCUCCUUCUCGAUCUCAAGGAUAGGAAGCCGCAAGUGCUUCAGACAAGUUUCCAGUAA